GUGGUGCGCCCGGAUCCGGACGACGCGCCACGCUCUGGGGCCCGUCGCCCUGGCUCCUGCAUCUGCUGCCGCCGGACCUCGCUGACCCCGCGCGCCCGACUCCGGAGGGCCGGCCACCGGCGGCGCGCCGAGCCGUCCGGGCCGCAGCUGCAGCGCUCCGCCCAACAGAUACAGCCAUUAAAACCUCGCUGUGAAGAAGCCCUGGGGAUAGGUAGCCACAUCCCAUUUGCAGAUAAGAAAGGCCUAGGCAGUACCUGCAAAGCCCGGAAUCUGACUCAGUACUUCUCUCUUGUAUGCACGACCAGCAACUACAGAUGACAGAGCUUAUUAACCAUGCACCAGACACCUUACACACCUGAACUUUAAACCGCACAACCGCCCUAUGAGACUCUCUAAAAAGCCUAACAGUGAUGGAGUACAUGAGCACCGGGAGUGACAAUAAAGAAGAGAUCGAUUUGUUAAUUAAACACUUGAACGUGUCCGAUGUCAUAGACAUUAUGGAAAAUCUUUACACGAGUGAAGAGCCAGCAGUUUAUGAGCCCAGCCUAAUGACCAUGUGUCAAGACAGUAAUCAAAACGAGGAGCGCUCAGAUUCUCUACUGCUCAGUGACCAGGAUGGGCCUUGGUUGUCCUCGGUCAGAUAUGGGACUGUGGAAGACUUGCUUGCGUUUGCAAACCACAUAUCCAACACGGCAAAGCGUUUUUACAGACACCGACCACAGGAAUCUGGGAUUUUAUUAAAUAUGGUAAUCACUCCCCAAAAUGGACGCUAUCAAAUAGACUCGGAUGUUCUCCUCAUCCCUUGGAAGCUGACUUAUAGGAACAUUGGCUCUGAUUUCAUACCUCGGGGGGCGUUUGGAAAAGUAUACUUAGCACAAGAUAUAAAGACUAAGAAAAGAAUGGCAUGUAAAUUGAUCCCAGUAGAUCAAUUUAAGCCAUCCGAUGUGGAAAUCCAGGCUUGCUUCCGACAUGAGAACAUCGCCGAGUUAUAUGGUGCAGUGCUAUGGGGCGAAACCGUGCACCUCUUCAUGGAGGCAGGCGAGGGAGGGUCGGUCCUAGAGAAACUGGAGAGCUGUGGACCAAUGAGAGAAUUUGAAAUUAUUUGGGUGACAAAGCAUGUUCUCAAGGGACUCGAUUUUCUCCACUCAAAGAAAGUGAUUCAUCAUGAUAUUAAACCUAGCAACAUUGUUUUCAUGUCCACAAAAGCCGUUUUGGUGGAUUUUGGCCUAAGUGUUCAAAUGACUGAAGAUAUCUAUUUUCCUAAGGACCUCCGUGGAACAGAGAUUUAUAUGAGCCCAGAGGUGAUCCUAUGCAGAGGCCAUUCAACCAAAGCAGACAUCUACAGCCUGGGGGCCACGCUCAUCCACAUGCAGACGGGCACCCCGCCCUGGGUGAAGCGCUAUCCUCGCUCCGCCUAUCCCUCCUACCUGUACAUAAUCCACAAGCAGGCGCCCCCGCUGGAAGAUAUUGCAGAUGAUUGCAGUCCGGGCAUGAGGGAGCUGAUAGAGGCCGCCUUGGAGAGGAACCCCAAUCACCGCCCACGGGCAGCAGACCUAUUAAAACACGAUGCCCUGAACCCCCCCAGAGAGGAUCAGCCACGCUGUCAGAGUCUGGACUCCGCCCUCUUUGAGCGGAAGAGGCUGCUGAGUAGGAAGGAGUUGGAACUUCCAGAAAACAUUGCUGAUUCUUCAUGCACAGCAAGCACUGAGGAAUCGGAGAUGCUGAAGAGACAGCGUUCCCUCUACAUAGACCUUGGGGCCCUGGCUGGCUAUUUCAACCUUGUACGGGGUCCGCCCACACUAGAAUAUGGCUGAUGGAUGCUCUCAUUUGCUCUAAAUAAUUAAGACUCAGCAGUGGUCUGGAAAGCUGGUUCUGCUAUGUCUACACUGGGGCUCUGGAUAGUCAACUGUGCCAUUUGUUAGCUGGUGAUGUGGGCUCCCAUGACUCGUGAAUGGGUCUCCACAUGGCUCCCGUGGGUUUGAUGUGUGAAGCUGCCCUGCUGGCCACCAAGUCUAAAGGUUCUCAUUUCUCAGGUGGUGUGACUCGGAGGGGACAGAGGGUUCAUGGAAGGAUCCUUUCUAGUGACUGAUCACAUUCACUGUGCACUUUGUUCACAAUUUACAAAAUACUGACCACAAGGAUAAUGUGUUAGCCUGAAAUUACUAUUCUUGGUUCUGAUUUAACUUUGGGAACUUCAUUUAACUCAGAAUAGUUGUUUUGUAUAUAUGGGUGUAUAUUAUAACUCCUCAAGCCUUGUAGGUAGAUUCUAGUAUAAAUUAAAGUCAUUAUAUUUUGGGUGAAUAGAACAACUUGAAUAUUCUAGCAAUAAGCUGAACUAGUGUCUUAAAAAUGGCUCAUUACUUAGGAGCCAUCUGACAGCAGCCACUAGUGACAGGUUCUGUUAUGUUCCUAUGGAAACAUUUUGUACUGUAUAUGCUAUGCUUAAAACAUUUAAAACGUGAGGUUUUAAAUGUGGAUAAAACUGUGUUAAACCACAUAAUUUCUGUACAUCCCAAAGGAUGAGAACAUGACCUUUCAGGAAAAUGGAAACUUUUCUAAAUUCUUAAUGACGCUACUUUUGUAACUCUUCUGACCACUUUGUUGUAAGCAUUUGUAUAUUAAAAUAGCAUACUGUGUAUGUUUUAUAUCAAAUGCUUUCAUGACUCUUUCUUACAUAUACACAUAUUUUUAACAUUGUAACUAUGCGAGUAUUCCUAUCUAAAGUAUGUUUUUACAUCAUGCAAAUGAAACCGGCACUUUUAUCCAGUUUGAUUGGCCAAAUCAACUGAAUAAACUCAGUAUUUGCCUUAA